ACAAAUAUUAGCUAUCCAGCCAGCAGCACGCUGCGAUCGCGUGAUCUGCCAUCAUCGUGACCACGUGAUAGGUAAUCGACCACACUCAGGAAGAUCGAGUCGAGUUGAAGUCUUCCUAAAAGAAUGGGAAUUUACAAUAAGUGAUCUUAAUUUAUAAUGAAACAUCACAGAUAACAAGAGGAUAAACUUAAUCGUUGUAAUCAUCGCUCACCCUGUCCUGCCCCUAUCCAAGAUAUUUUUCUUUUGCCUCGGUUCCAGGCGCCAGGUGCCAUUGUCGAUAACAUUAAUAAAAUGGCGGAUUGUGGUGGUUUCGGUAGUAUAGAUGUUUUAGUGAAGGCAUCUGGGUUUUCAGAUGCUGCCCUUCGUCUAGUCAUCGCGUUAUUCUCAGCUUAUCCUUUGGCCUUCAUUUAUCAAGCAUUUUUUUAUAGAACCAAACCUGUUCUUCAGCAUGUCUAUUUCACCAUUUGUGGGCUUUCAUUGGCUCUUUUCUGUUAUGGCUGGUGUGCUGUUCACUCCCUGAUAACCAUUACUUCUUCCUACUUGCUGGUACACAUUCUUGGGCCAUCCAUUAACAUGGUUAUAGUCAUGUUUUUAUUCAACAUGGGAUAUUUAUUAAGUGGCUAUAUCUACAAUGCCUCGGGGGAGUAUGACGUCAACUGGACUACACCCCAGUGUAUUCUGUGUCUAAAGCUGAUAAGUGUGGCCUGGGACUACUAUGAUGGAAAUCAAGACCAGGAGAAAAUAUCUGCUGAUCAAAAGACCACUGCCAUUGCAACACCCCCGACACUACUGGAGAUGAUGGGUCUUAGCUACUUUUAUGGAGGAUUUCUAGUUGGUCCCCAGUUUCAAACCAAGGGGUACUUAGCAUUUGUAAAUGGGACGCUAAUGGACAAGAAAGAUGAUGAUAAUGGCCGGGUUGCAUCAGGUUUGAAGCGCAUGGUUCUUGGUAUCCUGUACCUUGCCCUUUAUGGUGCAUUACGUCCAUGGUUCUCAGAAACUGGACUCUUAUCAGAUGCAUUUCAGGAGUAUUCAUUUCUUGCAAAAGUCUGGUAUAUAGUUUUUUAUAGCAGAGUGACAUUCAUGAAGUACCUGGCAGUGUGGCUUCUCUCUGAGGGCAGCUGUAUUAUUUCUGGAAUCAGCUACAAUGGUAAAACUGAAGAUGGUGUAGUAAAGUGGGAUGGACUUAGAAAUAUACGGCUCUCAGUGUACGAAACAAUGUACACUUUCCAGCAUUGCGUUGAUUCCUUUAAUAUCAAUACCAAUAAAUGGGUACUCAGGUACUUUUUCAAGCGCCUUCGCUUCCUUGGGAACAAAAACUUGUCGCAUUUCCUCUCGCUGAUGUUUCUUGCUUUGUGGCAUGGAUUGUUUUUGGGAUAUUUCGUUUGUUUCUUUGGAGAAUUUGUCAUCAUGGUGAUGGAAAAACAGGUACUAAGUAUGUGUAAUACCGUGACCAAGAAGCCCUUGUCAGAGAUGCCUGCAUACGUAAAAUUUCCUGUCAUUUCAACUUGUAUGUUCAUGGUACAUUUUGGCCUGGCGUAUUUCAUGGUGUCUUUUAAUCUAUUGAUCGUCUCGCGUUUUCACAGGGUUUGGAGUUCAAUUUACUACAUUGUCCCAGUGAUAUUAGUCAUAUGGCACUCGCUUUAUCCAAUCAUCAUCUACCCAGUCUUUAAAAAGAUGACACAAGAUAAAAAGGACAGGUCAAAGAAAGAGAACUAGGAUAUCUGCAUAAGAGGCAUUGCAUUUAUUAGUUCGCAUCUCCAGAGCUAGUGUUGGGAGAUAUUUACUGAAGCCUGUCUUUUUUUACUUUCAAGCAAGUUUUUGCACAAUCUUAAUCGAAUAAUUUGUUUUCGUGUGAUUUUAGUUUUAGAUGUAUUACAUUCUUUUUGUUUUAAUCCAGUAAAGAAGCUGAGUUAAUCUCAGAUUUAUUUGAUUGGCCCGUCACUAGUUUCCUUCGCAGCCGUUGUUUGCUCUCGUCUCACGACGAGUUCUCUCCUAGUGGUGGGGGAGAGAGUGCGUUGCGUGACGAGACCAUACAACUUCUGCUCAGGAGACUAGGCCGUCACUUGAUCUUGUUCCUUAGUCACGCGGUUAUCUGAAUUAUUAAAGUAUUGAACAUCAGUAAAAAAAUUGUUGAAUCUUUUUCUUAUUAUUGUUAUCAGUUGUUAAAAAAUGUUUUUUUUUACAUCUUGGUUUCGGCUAUUAACAAUUUUAAUAUGUAGUUUUUAUUUAGAGAAAUUCCAUAGGAGUCUUUCUCUUCCCUUUGAUAGGUUUUAGAUUUACGUAUGGAUGAGUUUCCUAUUUGGAAUUUAGAUUCCAUGUAAUGUUAUCUUAUGUUAGCUGUGAAUUGCAGGGUGUUAACCACAGCAACGUAGAUUUUCCCAGAUGUUCUUGUUUGAAAAAAGACUGAGCCUUUUUGUUUGUUUGUUUGCUUUUUUUUUUUACUCUCAUUGCUGUUAACAGGGGUUUCAAUAACUUUUAUCCAUAAGCGGCUGCCGAUAGUGUUAUAGGCAGCUGUGCCGUGGGGCGAGACCCAGUGAGCAGGCUAAAUAGACAGCGGUAAGAGGUAUUUCAGGCAGCGGUAGACCGCUGGUCACUAGCUUUCAUUGCAACUCCUGUGUUAAGUGUUUAACAAAAGUAAGUAAGGUAUAGCGAGUAGAACGGACGCUACUGUCAAGGUAACUGUGGUCCUACACGUUCCUGCAAGUAUCUGCUCUACCUCCCACAUCACUUGCAUCGCUCAGGUCAUACUGGAAAGUAUACUUUAAGCGCUGUUGUUGUUUACUUGCUUUUUUUAACACAAACUGUCAAAUUGAUCAUCAUAUUUCUUAAAUUAUCUUAUUCUUAAAUUAUCGUUCUGUAUUGCUUUUGCUGUGUGCCUCAGAAAGAUUUCAACCUCAUUUUCAGGCUGCUCUACAUUAGGCUCUCCUCUUCACAAGGAGAGAAAGGUAAUGAUGAUUUCCUUUAUAUUGAUGGUCUCAAAAGGGUUUUUAUCGUAAACUGAGGUAUACACACAUUUUGAUAGUUUCUAAUUUAUGAUCUAUUGAAGGAAAGACGCAUAAAUGAUGCGACUAUUGACAAAAUUUUCUUAAUUAUAGUAUAACACGAAUAGAUUCUAUGUUGCCGUGUGUCUGUGUAAUAAUAGAUAUCAGAAAACGUCAAAAUGUGGCAAGGACAUCAGUGACACUGCUACUCAGUUGUUCUUACUUCAUUUUGACGUCAUCUGCGAUCCAGUGCACCGCGACUUGGAGCCUAAUCUAUUUGUUAACCUGAACUUGUUUCUGUGCUAUUGGUUAGUAGAAGAGACUCCUAAUACAACUCAUUUUCAUCCCCUUUUGUGGGUUACAAUUUUAAGCCACUUCGAAGCGGUCGAUAAUGAAGUGGAGGCUUCCUUUUCAAAUGAAUGAGAAUGUGAGUUUUUUAUUUGUGUGCAUGAAGAUAAUUUCUUGAUUAAAACAGCGACCGAUUUGUUGCGGGUUUUAUUAGAAGCAACUUCAUAAUGAAGGUUUUCAACUGUGACAUAAAUGUCUCACUUAGGUAAAGCUUGCGAUCCUUAAGUGUUCAUUAAAACUUUGGAUUCGUCUCUUG